AUGGCUACCCAACAGAUCCUCUUCGCCGAGACCGUGGCCGCGAUGAAAAAGGCCCUCAAGCGCAAAGCUUACGAAUCCGAUUCAGACGAUGAGAUUGACCACUACGGGAACCGCGGCCACAAGCUUAAGAAGCGUGCCCUCUUCUCUCACCAAGGCCAGCUUGCGCCUCCCUCCGGACCCGAGGUCUACAAUGAGGUGAUCGACUACGCCGGACAACAACGCACAAUAAUUAGUCGCAACCCUCCGAUAGUCGACGAAGAAGGCUACGAGAUUGACAGCGACGACGACGAAGAGCGUAUACAGGAGGCCGUCGCCUCUGCCACAGAGCUCGACCCCUAUGCCAACAUUCGGAUCGAACAGAUCCUCGCCCCAUUGACCGCGUCGACCGACCUCCCGACCCAUCCUACCCUCUCGAAACCCUUCACGGCCAAGACCUUGAACGAGAUUGCCGACCAGAGCUGCGAAGUGAUGCGAAAAGAGAACAGAUCCCUGUGGAAAGUUAAGCACCUCUUCACGAGGCUAUGCGGCGACUACACCUGGAUUCCCUGUGGCAUGAUGGUGGGCCCUGACGACGUUGAGCUGUACUCGGCCGAAUAUCUGGAGCGUGCAUUUCAGGGCGGCCUAAAGACCUCGACCGAGAACGAGGAGCCUUCUCCGGCGCCGGUCAACGGCGACGCAAGGCCGAACCAGGCGCCGAAUGGCACGAAUGGAGAACCAUCAGGCGACAAGGACAGCGGCGAUGGCGAUAUCACGAUGACAGACGCUGGGUCAGACAAGCCAGAGGGCCGCAAGCCACUGCCAGACAAACCCGCAAAGGACGACGCAAAAGCUGAGGGUGACACUGCCAAACCAUCAGAAGGACAAACCUCGACCGACGCUACCCCGAAGGAGGGAGAGGAGGCAAGCGCGGAUAAGAAACAGAAGCAGAAGGCCACCGAUGUCGAAAUGCACCAGGCCGGCGCCGUUCCUCCACCACAUCAGGACGCGGAGGCGACGAACCGGAACGGCACGCACGUGCCGUCAGUAGAGUCGGACCAGAUGGAUGAGACCUUUGUGCACCCAUUCUUCCGGCCGCCGCCAAACGCCCGCCCAGACCAGAAUGUGGGUAUUCCGGAGCCAGAAGCCGAGGAUAUCCGCCGGCUACUCGCGCUGUACGUGCAAAAGCAGGAAGAGGUCUGCCGCGGAGCCAGGAAGCUCCACGAAGGCCUCCUCAAGGCGAAUCGUCUUCGCAGGACCGUCCUCCACUGGUCCAAGGCGGAGGCUCACUGCGGACCGAACCGCGACAUGUCGGACGGCGAAGACUGGUACGACAAGGAGGAAUGGGGCUUGACCGAGGACCUUAAGAAGGGCCAGGACGACGAGGAAGAAGACACGGGCACAGUGGCCAAGAAGACUAGGAAUCGCAGGUGA